UGUAGUUCAGAGUCCAGGCUGGAGAGGAACGCAGUCAACUUCGGACUCCGGGCGGCGCGCAAGCAACAGACGGUAACACACCCAGACACACAGCCGACUUUCAGAGAUGUUUCGCUGCGGAAUCGCGUAUCCACGGUGCAGGUGGAUCCUUCCUCUUCUCCUGCUCUUCGCCAUCAUCUUUGACAUAAUCGCCAUCGCCGCGCAGUCCGGAUGGGUGGAGGACGAGGACGCCAAGUCUCACUACGCCAACAUGUGGGAGCAGUGCCGCGGCCGGAACAACAACUGGGCCUGCAAGUCGCUCAUGGAGUUCUCUUGGGCCCAGGCUGUUGCUGCACUGAUGAUCAUCGGCCUGAUCAUCCUCAUCAUAGCCUUCAUCAUCUCGUGUAUCGCGCUCUGCUGUACCCUCAACAUUCCUCUCCUGCCGUUCAUCGGACUCCUCCUCAUCAUCGCUGUCAUCCUCCAGAUCAUCGCCCUCAUCAUCUAUCCAGUGAAGUUCAACGAGUUAAUCUUCGAAGGCCACUACGACUACACCUGGGCGUACGGCUUCGGGUGGGGAGCCACCAUCCUCAUGAUGGGCUGCGGAGUUCUGUUCUGCUGUCUGCCCCACUACGAAGACUAUCUCACUGGCCUGGAAAAGACCAAAUACAUCUACUCCUCCAGCUAAACUCCCAUCACACAGCUCGAGCACUGCUCUCCAAAAAGAACAUCUUCCAAGGCUUUACACUUUGACUGCAUAAACGACAUUAUUGAAAGCCCCAAUCAGGAAUUUUGUUAAAGCAGGUCCACAGCGUGCCCAAGACUACAUCUGAGUGUAGUGAGAGAGAGCUUGGUUAAGAUAUGUGCAGUAUUACUGACUUUACAGUUGAUUUCAAAGGCCUAUACCGAAAACUGCCAAUGCAUUAUUGUUGCUGCAAUUCCUGCUUGGGGUUUUAAGACGCUUAGUUUUAGUUUGUGAGGACACUGGUUGCUCUUGGGGUUUGAUUUUGUACAUUUGUUGGGGGAAUCGUCUCAUUCCUGAGGCAUAUCGGCAUGCCAGCAUUUCAGUUUUCAGUUUUCGUCAUUUAACACCAGCUUAGGCCUUUAAUUUUUGUACAUCGCUCAGCCUGGAUCAGUUUUAAGCAGCCAGAAACUGUGAUUUUGUAGUGCAAAUCUCCGAUCCAGGCAGGGCGCUCGAGGAUUACCUGAUAGAGAACACAUACUUACCAAUUUACUGUAACGGCUGUAUCUCAGUCACCUUAUGAGGGCUGUGUUUGUUUGUAUAGGCCUCAUUCUUGCUAUUGAGUGUUGUUCUAUUUACUUGCAAAGAAUAACACUAUCAGUAGUUAGAGCUUUGUGUAGUAAAAGUGCAUGUAUAUUUUUAGAAAUGUAUUAAAUGUCUACCAUUAAGUGUCCCACACUGGUCCCAGUUCAGCCAAAGUCAUUCCCAUCUCAUUUGCUUUGUAUUACUUCAAACAUAUCUCCAAAGUGCUCUUACUGUCCUCAGAUGCUGUAUGGAUUGUGUGGUUGACUGGUACAAAUGUGGACUGAUGAUGUUUUUGUGUUGCUAAAGCAACUGCCUUGUGUUUUUUUUUGUUUUUUUUUCUUAUCAGAAACUUUAUAUAUAUAUAUAUAUAUAUAUAUAUGUAUAGAAUGACACUAUGCAAUACAGUGGGAUUUUGAAUUUUAGGGUUUCCAGUUUUAAUACAUGACCUUUCCUACUUCUUGAGCUAAAUUCCAGCACUACUAAUGUUUUUACUGUUUCAGAUGUUUGAUUCUGUAUAGCAUUCGAUCCAAAGCAAUGCUUAAUAAAGGGAAGACCAAACUCUUAAAAUACUAAA